AUGUCAGCGAGCGGUUUCCUGGAGCCUUCAGGGCCGCCUCGUAAAAAGAUGAGGAAAGGUACCAAAAGCUGUACUGAAUGUCGUCGACGAAAAAUUCGCUGUACAUUCGACCAAGAUCGUCCGAAUGUCUGCAAUGAGUGCCACUCGCGAGGAUCGCCCUGCAUUGAUCAAGAACUAGGCACUCUGGAUCCUAAUGUUGCCGGUGUUCUUCCUGGAGAACAACCCUAUAGCCUCCGGGAACGAGUGACUCAGCUCGAGAAUGUGGUGAGAGACAUCCUGCAACGGAUGAACCAGACAAGUCCAAGCGAAUCGGAAUCGCCAACUCAACAACCAAAUAUCUCCGAUCCCUGUGGUAUUUCGUGUGGCGAGUCUACAGCUCUCCCUAUCAACUCCAAGACAAUAGAUGCACCGCUUACUGAAGGCCGAGAUAUCGAAAGUGCUCCGGUGUUGCAACUGCUCAACAAUAACAUCGUUUCUCGCACGGAAACUGCCGUUCGCUCUCAUGACGGACCUACCACAAAGAACCUUUCUGAAAAGGCCGAUGCUGUGCGAAACCAGCUUCUUAAACUAGUGCCUUCCUGCCAGGAUUUAUUAACCAUUCGUAAUGGGGCGACCUUCUGGUGGGCUGCAUGGCAGUACAUGUUUCCCGAACUCUCCACUGGAUGCCGGUCAAAUCUUGUUGGAACCGAUGAUAUGUUUCAAAUACCCAGUUCUCCAGGAGAGCUUGCCAAGUUUUUGAUCUGUCUUUUGAUGAGUAUCGAGCAGCUUCCCCUGGAUUUCAACUACGCAGCUUUGCAGAAUCCUUUCAAUCCUGAUAAAUACGCGGAACGUGUUAUAUCCGAAAUCGAUCGAUUGGUUAUUUAUGAUGAUGACCUGUCUAGCACGCUGCCAGGUUUGGAGGCAAUGGUACUGAUGUCGAAAUGGUAUAUGAAUCUCGGUCGACCCCGUAAAUCAUGGAUAUUGAACAGAAGAGCAAUUGAACUCGGUCAAUUAUCCGGCCUGCACAUUUCGACAAGAAAAGAGCCACGCCCUGGUGAUACCCUUUAUGACCGUCGCCUGAAAUUGUGGACUUUCAUCGGGCUAAACGACCGCUUCCUAGGCCUCCUCUUCGGGCUACCUUACGCCAUCCACGAGAACUCAUUCCGACCACAAGUGGAACGACGAUUGAAAAAUGAGAAACCAACCCUGGAAACCUUUGCGUUGCGUCUGUCUUUAGUCAUGGGUCCACUGAUUGACCGCAAUAUGGAUGACCCUGCCGACAUGUCACUUGCUACAACUCUGAGAUUGGAGCAAGAAUUAGAAAACCAUUCGCGAGAAAUGCCCGAUCGCUUCUGGGUGAAAAAGCCUGGUGCGAAUUUCAGCAUCGAAGAACAAAACGAUUACCUUGUUACUCCGUUUUUGUACCAUUUUUUGCGAACUCUGAUUCAUAUGCCGUUCAUGUUGAAAUCAUACGGAGAUCGUAAAUACCAAUACAACCGUGAUGUUGCGUUGGAAUCCGCCCGCUGCGCACUCCGUGCAUAUGGCAGCUUGCGAUCCUGGGAAGGAAUGAAUCCUUAUAUCUGUCGAGUAAUUGACUUCCAGGCUUUCACCUCGGCGAUGCUCCUCGUUAUCAAUCUAUUAGGGUAUUCUGAAGACGCGCCAAACCACAGCGAGGAACAGGACGACAAGGACUGGGCACUCGUCCACGCAACCGUCGAGGUCCUCCAGAAAGCCGCUGAUCACCCCACAGGCACCGUCGCCGCACAAUCCGUCAAUAUCUUGGCUGGAAUCAGCAAGACCAUGCCAAACAUGUCCGAAUUUCAAGACAGUAACAUCACCUGCAAGGUCACCGUUCCGUACUUUGGCGUUAUCACAGUAGCACCCGGGAAAGGAAGAAGACCGCGGCUGCGAAAUCGCCAACAAGCAGCAGAUAAUAGCAGUAACUCGAACUUCUCUACUCAGCCUUCCCGAUCCACAGUAUCCUCCGAGCAGACGAGUCCGUUCCAGAUCUACACACCACCGCAAUCCAACCCGAGUGAUCUGAGCACGGGCUCCUCCGAUCAUAUCAGUGGUACGAACACGACGAGCUGGGCGUCAUCGUUAAUGGACGAUCCACGAAUACAACUGGAGAACAUGGUUGCAUUUCCUAACAGCGGAGUACUGGAUCAGAAUGCUUUUACUGGCUUCACGUUUGAUCAUGAUAACCUUGGCGCGUGGUCGAAUCUGAAUCUGGAUUUGGAUUUGGACCAGGGCUGGGAUAUGAACUGGACUGAUGGCGGGAUUUUGCAAUAA